CUCAUGCGGUCAUUUGAAGCUUUCUUCAGUCACAAUGGACACAGAAUCUAAACUGCAGCUGAUUAAAACACACAUCCGAGCUUUCCCGGACUUUCCCAAGGAAGGAAUCCUGUUCAGGUUCUGCUCUGAUGGGGGUUCUGUGCCAGGUUUGGAUGCUCGCGGCUUCCUGUUUGGACCUCUGCUCGCCCAGAGGCUGGGCCUCGGCUUUGUCCUGGUCAGAAAGAAAGGCAAGCUGCCCGGACCCACCGUGUCUGUUUCCUACGAGCUGGAGUAUGGCAAGUCAGACGCAGAGGUGCAGGAGGAUGCAGUGGCUGCAGGGCAGAAGGUUCUGAUUAUUGAUGAUCUUCUGGCUACUGGAGGGACCAUGUUCGCAGCCUGUGAGCUGAUGAGGAAGCUGCAGGCCCAGGUCCUGGGCUGCAUGGUGGUUGUCGAGCUCAAGGAUCUGAACGGGGUGGACAGACUGAAACCACACAAAGUGUUCUCUCUGAUUCAGUACUGAGGAAACACCACGCUCCACAGAGAGGACCGGGAGUUAACGUUUCUGACUGAUUCACCUUGUGUUGGUGCUCUGACAGCAGGGCUCGUGUCUGAGCUCUGCUUCACUCCAGAGACUGAAAACAUGUGGGACAAAAGGAAAUGGAGCAUGAAGACAAGAGGUAAACAGGAUUUUCUKUAGAAUCCUAAAUGAAUAAAAACAUACUCCAUGUGUAUAUUUUAUUCUUUAGGAAAGCCUGUUUCCUCUUUAACUUUUUUUUAAAAAGUGACGACUUGUGUUCUGUUUAAAUUAACUGAGCAAGCAAUAGUAAUUGCAAUAUAUUUUUUAUGUUCUUAUCAAACCUGCAUGUUGGAGGAACUCCAUAUGUUGCUGAAAGCAAACACCAGCUUUACAAAGCGAUAUUCAGACAUUUGUGUCUGAGUUAAAUCCUCUAACAGAUGUUUGAAGCUACUCCUGGUUAACAGGAGUGAUGAGAUGCAUCGAGACCAACAUUGAAUAGUUGCUUCAGAGAUUCAUGUGCCAGUUUCAAUCUAAUCUACUUGCACAUGAAAGCAUUUUGUUCUUAAUUCUGGCAGAAAAACUGCUUUGACAUGUAAUUACUUCUUUUAAAGGAAACUAUGCUACAGAUAAAACUGUAAUAAUUAGGACUAUGAUGUAAAAUCAGUUCAUUUAUGAAAUAAAUGACUUGUGUUGCUUUAACAA